AAAAACAGCCCAUUUGAAGGCCAAAUGGUGCAAUUUGUUCCCAUAGUUCUACCCCAAAACCCUUAAACCCCAACACCAUUUCUGCUUCACUUUCCCUAAAACUCAAACAUAAACCCAAAUGAAGCUUUUAUUCUCUAUCUUAAGAAACGCAAACUCAAUAUCUUCUCACAGAAAUGUGUUUAACCGUUUCUAUAUUUCAACUUCAAGUAAUUAUCAUCUUUAUAGAUCCACCAAUAAAGACUCACUGUACAGAAGAAUUUCACCCAUAGGUGACCCAAAUGAGUCUAUAGUACCAGUUCUUGAUCAAUGGGUUGAAGAAGGGAAACAUGUGGAUAAAGAAGAUCUUCAAAGAAUUAUUAAAGAAUUAAAAGAUUACAGAAGAUACAAACAUGCCCUUGAGAUAUCUUAUUGGAUGACUGACAAAAGAUUUUUCACCCCCCAACCUUCUGAUAUUGGAGUGCGAGUUCAUUUGAUUUAUAAACUUAAAGGUCUAGAAGAAGUUGAAAAGUAUCUCGAUAGCGUCCCACAGCAAUUUAAAGGCUUUCACAUUUAUUCAACUCUUCUCAACUGCUAUACCAUUGAGAAGUCUGUCGAGAAAGCUGAGGCCAUAAUGCAAAAAAUAAGGGAUAUGGGGUUUGCUCGUACACCAUUGUGCUACAAUUUCAUGAUGAAAAUGUAUCAUCAAACAGGAAAUCGGGAGAAAAUGGAUGACAUGAUGAAUGAAAUGGAAGGGAAGGGUAUAAUAUUCGACCAGUUCACUCUCAUGAUCCGGUCAAGUGCAUAUGCUGCUGCUGGAGAUUCUGAUGGAAUAGAUAAAAUAGUAAAAAUAAUGGAAUCUGAUAAACGGAUCGCGUUGGAUUGGAAUACUUAUACUAUCAUCGCAGAGAAGUAUCUUAAUGUUGGGCAAGUGGAAAAAGCUUUAGCAAUGCUGAAUAAAGUGGAGGGCACGCUUGCCACUAUCAAGAGAAAUAAUACUACAUAUGAUUUAUUAUUAAGACUCUAUGCACUAGCUGGAAAGAAGGAAGAGGUACAUCGAGUUUGGGAUCUGUACAAGAAGAAUCAACAAAUUUAUAACAAGGGUUACAUUUGCAUGAUGAAUUCAUUAAUGAAAUUUGAUGACACAGAAGGAGUUCAACGAAUAUUUGAAGAAUGGGAGUCGCGGGGGUUAUCCUAUGACUUCCGAAUUCCAAACUUUUUGAUUGGCGCUUAUUGUAGAAAAGGUCUUCUACACAAGGCUGAGGCCCUCAUCGACCGAGGAUUAUCAAAAGGAGGUGUUCCUUCUGUCAUCACAUGGUGUCAUUUGGCAAGUGGGUAUAUCCAUGAAGAUCAAGUCGAAAAAGCCAUAGAAGCAUUGAACAAGGCAAUCUCGAUAUGUCCGCCUAAAUUUAUCCCUAGCAAGGACACUUUAUAUACCUGUGUAGAAUAUUGGGAAAAUCAGGGAAAUGUGGAGAAGUCUGAGGAGUUUGUGAGGUCUUUAGAGGUGGAGGGUAUAUUUUCAGCAGUUUUUUGUGAUAAGUUGCGGUGCUUCAUCAACCAAGGGAAACUCCAAACAGGACCAGCAUCUAGGGUUGGAACAACUGAAGGUGAGUUAUGAUUACGUGGGGCCUGUAUACUGCGAACUGAAGCUUAUUAGGAGGCUCAAGAGCAUGUAGUUUAGUGAGUAUAUAGAUUCGGUUUUCACCUUACAAACAGGAGGAUUACAGAGUGUUUUAUCGGAUCCCUCUGUUUCAAUUUAUUUGUGAUAGUUUCUUAUUUAGUCUGUUUCAUAAAGAAUGCCUCUUUCCUAAUUUGACAACUUUUUAA